AUGUUGAAGGAAGAAAGACCCAAAUUCUACAGUGCAACCUUGGCACUUCUGAUUCACGGAAUUAUUCACUUCCCAAAUAUGGACAAGUUUGUGGAUCACUUGGCAGUUGAAGUCUUUCUAACAAAGAAUCUGGUGCCUUUCCUACUUGUCGACCUCUAUCAUACCUUUAAUACAAGGCAUGAGAAGAAGGGAGGUGCUUUCCUCUGUUGUGCUCCUCUACUGCAUCUAUGGAUGAGGGACUGCAUGCCUCAAUAUGGGCUAUUUACUCAAAGCAAUCUGACAUGGCCUCAGAAGUUUUCAUCUCUCUCCGCCAGCUCAAUUUUAUGGUAUAAGAGAGAAUGGGGUAUGAAAGACGUCAUUGCAAGAUGCAGAGGGUUCCCAAACAUACCCUUAAUCAGAAUGCAAGGUUGCAUCAACUACAACCCUGCCAUACUCAAAAGACAAUUGGGGUACUCCAUAUUUAGUCCUCCAGAGGAAAAAGACUUCAUUCCAUUCAUCGUCAGUACCGUGGACCCGCUCGACUCAAAUGUGAAGAAAAUGCGGAAAGCUCGGCCAAACAUAGUUCGUAUUGAUCAAGAAUGGGGUAAGAAAAACAUCCUAGCCAAGGAACCCUACUUUGUGUGGGUAAAAGAGAGGGCUAGGGUUGUUAAGAUGCGAUUUCUAUUUGAUCCUUCUUCAUUCCCACUGAUGCCUAAGCUCGAGCCUAUCCUACAAGAGGACAUGGACAAGCUUACCAACCAAAUCAAGGAGCUUGAGUUGGAGAACACUCAAUUACGAGUUCAACUCAAUCGUGCAAAGGAAUGUAAUCACGUCUUGGAAGAUAAGGGUAAGCAAGUUUGUGAAAAUUUGAGGAUAGCAAGAAGAGGCUCCCAAUAG